GCUGCAUGGAAAGGGUAUUUCUCCUUGUGUCACGGAGCUUGCAUCCUGGUCUUCCGGCGUCAAGUGUAUAAGAAACACCCGUAGUAUCCACCAAGAUCUCACAAAGCACCCCGCAAAAGCAACAAGAACGUUCAGGAUCGACCAAAGCUCCGAGGAUACACAAUCAUGCCAACCGCAACCUCCACCCUCGGCUGGACCCUCACAAACUGGGGUCCGCUUCCAGACACCUACACACUGGACCCCACCUGUACCGCCGCCACGGACGUCUUCAUCGCGUAUACAGACGCACCUUACGCUCCAUUCUGGGCCGAAGUCUGUACAACGGCGACUACAGAGAACUGCUGGCCUGUCCCCACCGAUCAAAGCGCCCUUGAGGAGUAUGCGAAUAACCCCUACCUGGUUGCGUACUUAUCGCCCGCUGUGGCUUGUCCCUCUGGAUGGGAGUCUAUUGGGGGAGCUGCGAAUCCUGCGGAUGGACCUGUUACGUCUUCGGGGAUAUUUACCGGGUAUCCAGGGCGAUGGGAUUAUGGUGGUGAUGACGCGGUUAACAAUAACGAUGCACCCGUAAUCAUUGGCUGGAAGGAUGCGAUCGGGGCUCUCCUUGAUGAUGGUGAAACCGCAAUAGCUUGUUGUCCCAGGUAA